AUGGAAUUACUGGAUCUUCCCGUGGAGAUCCUCGUCGAAAUAUGCCAGUAUAUGGGUCCACACCAUGCACCUGGGCGAGAAUCUGGAACUCUAUAUCGUCUUAGCAAUAUUUGUCGUCGUCUGGGUUGCAUCGCGCAGCAAGUUCUAUACCGUGAUGUCAAACCUCACAAACUAGGACCGUUUUUACGCACCAUCAUUGCUCGACCAGAUUUGGCCGCCCAGGUACGCUGCUUUAAUUUUUUCUACCGGUGGGUACGAAUAAAUCCCCUUUCGAAUGAAGAAGUCAAGGAGCUGCGGGCGAAAGCAAAAAGUUUGAACAUUGAGGAGUCCAUGUAUUCUCAAAUCAGGAGGCUCAGAAAGCGUCAUAAUCGUACUGUUCAUGAGAAAUUCCAUUGCCUGCGGAUCCUUGAACUGUCAGUGGCACUGCUCCCGAACAUGACGACACUGAACUUGGAGAUGCAAGUUAUGGAUAAGUCUGAUGAGAUACCGCAUGCCCUUAUAGCAGUCGUUCAAAUGGAGUCUGUUAAACGCAUAUGGUUCGAUGCCGGUCAGCUGUUUAACCUUGGUGCCUCGAAGAACUUCUUUGCCAUGAUGUUAUAUCUUGAGGAGUUAAAAAUAUUGAAGUGUGGAAGGGUUACGGAACCUCUAUCAUUGUCUAGAAUUCGGUCUCUAAGUUUGACGCAAAGCUGUAUCAGCAAGACAAGUCUACAAACACUCAUCAACUCCUGUCCGGAAUUGGAAUGUUUUCGGUAUAUUCAAUGGGGGAAAUUUCACUCUGGGAUAGAUUAUGGACCCCAUUUUACGUGGGGGCAAGCGCAGCGCAUACUGCAGUUGCGAAGGACGACACUGAAACAAAUCGAACUUGAUUUCGAGCGAGCUUGCCAUGACAAAAUCUUCCCAUUAGCACCGGAGGAUUACUAUGACGGUUUCAAAAACUUCGAUAGACUUGAGAAACUGUCGUUGCAAACAACUCGCUUUGGCACAAAAGACGAAGAUGGCAAGGGGCUUAUUCCAAAAUUCCCAGCAGAUGUGCAAGACUUGAUUGCCAAGCUUCCCAUGUCGCUCACUAGCAUCACCUUCUUCGGGUCGCACAAAGAUUGGAACGGGAUAAGGGUGCUUGCCGAAGCAACUAAACAAGGGUAUUUCCCAAGGCUCAAGGAGGUGAUGGCGGAACAAAAAGAAGAGGACCUGGAAUAUAAAAGGUCUCACAACUUACUUGCCGCUUGCGGUGUCGACUAUGACGAGCUUUAUACCAGGGGAUUUCUUGAAUGCUCGGAUUGCCUUUGGGGGGUUCCGCAUUCCUAUCACUACUUGUCUUAUGAUAUCUAUGAAGAGAGUGAUAGUGAUGACGAAGAGAGCAAUAGCGAAAAUAAUGAAGAGAGCGAUAACUGA